UUGAAGCACACCACACAUCUAGCAAACACUUCACUGGCGCAGGACGCACUUCAAUUCUCCAUCUAAAUUUUCCACCUGCGAGGGAUCAGCGGUGAAGGGAAGCCACGGCCAGAGUUGUGUGUUUGGGCUGCAGCACUGAGGACAUCCUCCACAAAGACAAUACUGUGUGAGAGAACUGUGCUGCCAUGCGGUGGUCGGUGGUGAUGAGCGUGGCUGUUGCAGCCAUGGUGAUGGGGUCUGUCGGUGUGGGCGCCUCCCUACGAACUACUUUGGUAGGGAACGGCUACGAGGACGUGGUGGUGGGUCUCUCCCCAAUGCUGCAGGAGUCUCAAGCUGACGAAAUCAUUCAAACCGUCAAGACGGCAGUGAGGGACGCGUCUCAAGCUUUGUUCAGGGCGACAGACAACAAACUUUACUUCAAGAGGGUGAAGAUCCUCGUCCCCAGCACAUGGAAGAGUGUGAAGGUGGACCAGCCCGCCACCAACGAGGCCUUUGAGGACAGCCACAUGCGAGUAGAUCUGAGGAACACGGUGUACGGCGACCAGGUGUACACAAUACAGCCAGGGGGGUGUGGAGACCCAGGCCGCUACAUCCACAUCACUCCGUCUUUCCUCACUAAUCCAUUGGCCCGGGUUGUAUGGGGACCUACAGGAAAGGUGCUGGCGCAGGCGUGGGCAAGGCUGCGGUGGGGCGUCUUUGACGAGGUGGGUUACCCAAAUGACGCGCGCUUCCCUCUCUUCUUCCGCACGUGGGACGACAGUCAGAACAUGGUGGUGAAGCCUAACUACUGCGCCGACAGGGACAUCAAGGGGACAUUAGUUGACAUAAACACCGGAGGCUCCUGCAAGUACCUGGGUGACCUUCCGGACGAGAACUGCCGCUUUAGGCCGGACGAUGCGCAACUAGCUACUUCCUCCCUCAUGUCCUUCAUGGAUGUCGACAACGUCGAGGAGUUCUGCAAGGAUCACAAAGCUGGAGGACGUCACGAUAUCUACGCUCCGAACCGCCACAACCUGAUGUGCAACGCUCGCUCCGUGUGGGAUGUCAUGUCCGGUCACGCUGACUUCUACAAUGUCACGAUGCUCCCAGCAGAAUACGAUGUGGCCCCCGAGGUGCUGGUGGUACAGCAGACACCCGCCACGUUUGCCCUGGUGCUGGACAAAUCAGGAAGCAUGAGUGGGAGGAAAAUAAAUAAUCUUGUCAACACGGCUAAGAGAUGGUUACUGCACGACGUGGCGGACGGCAGCUUCGUCACCAUCAUAUACUUCUCAAGUAGCGCCAGUAUAAAGACAAGUCUGACAGAGGUAACAAAUGCCUCCCGCCAAUCGCUUGCUAACGCCAUCGUCAGUUCUACAGGAGGCGGUACAUGCAUUGGGUGUGGACUCAACAAAGCUCUUGAGGCAACAAAAAAUCAAAACAAUAAGGUCAUCCUCCUCAUCACUGACGGAGACGAGAAUGUCCAUCCAUACAUUGACGAAGUAAUGGACAACGUUGUGGAGUCCAAGUCAAGGGUGGUCACUAUUUCCUACGGGAAAUCUGCUGAGGGCAGCCUGGAAAAACUGGCACAGAACACAGGUGGGAAGGCUUACAUCGUGCCUGAUGACGACGAUGGUUCAUUCAUGGACGACGCCUUCCAAGGCUGCCUUACCUACCAGCCCGGACAGUCAAUCACUAACACCAACAUCAAGAUCUACGAGUGGGAAGGCACGACGCAGGGAGCAGGUACUAUGAGUGAGACGUUCUCGGUGGACGCCACGUUGGGCCGCAACCUGGAGUUCCGCUUGGACACCAAGGACCACAUUGCGGGAGAUCCAUUCCUCAGCAGCCCCAGCGGCAAGACUCAUACCAACGCGGAAUUCAACGGCGAUAUAAACUUGUGGAUCAUCAAACUUGACACUGAAGCUGAAGUCGGGACGUGGACUUGGACCAAGCCGAUUUCUGGCACAUCAACGAACAUGAAGGUUACGGUGACAGCCCAAGCGAGAGAUCCAGUGACGCUGCCGAUCAUUACUGAGUCUUGGAUGAACACAGGCACGGACUUCGUAGACGCCUCGCAGCAACAGGUGAUCGUGUACGCGAGGGUGAGCCAGGGCGACAACCCGGUGGUGGGCGCCAAGGUCAGGGCAUACAUCACCACACCUGACACCACAGCAGAGGCCGUGGAACUCGACCUGCUUGACAAUGGGCAGAACGCGGACGUACAGGCUGGUGACGGCAUCUACUCCCGCUACUUCACUCAGUUUGUCAGUGAGGGCAGAUACGCUGUUAAGGCUCAGGUGUGGGACGAGGGGAGUUCCUUCAUAAACAAUGGCUUCAUCACCUCUCGACGCAAACGUUUACUUGACACGCCUCUUGCUUCAUCACGCUUCCAUGGUAUACGAGACGAGUUAGUGGCUAACGAGUACUGCUGUGGAAGUAUCGUGCCCUUCAACCCUGAAACUGCAGUUCCGACAGGCAAUUUCACGAGGACUGCCGCCGCCGGAUCCUUCAACGUGGUGAAGAUGCCACCAGCCGGCGGCGACUCCUUCCCGCCAUCACAGGUGAGGGACCUGGGCAUCAUGGUGAACGACUCGUCCCACAUCACGCUGACCUGGACGGCCCCCGGUGAUGACUUGGACAGUGGCAUCGUAUUGGGAUACGAAAUUUGGAUGAGUGAAGACAUAAGUGCCCUGAAUGAUGACGUGAAUACAAACACCUCCAUAUGCAUUCUUGACCUUCCGCAUUCAACCAACACGCCGGAGGUACUGAAGGAGGCGGGGGAGCAGAUUGUCCUCUCAAUGGAACUCGAAGAAUCCUUGGAGGAAGACAGUUUGUACUUUGUGUCCCUCAGGGCGGUGGACCAUAAGAAAAACAACGGCCCGAUGUCCCGCCCGGUGGGUUUUACAGGCGACACAGUUAAUGCAAGCGCUGGCAUCAGAGGGGCACUCAGUCCUUGGACCGUCGCCCUGCUCGUCCUGGCAUGCCUCGGGGGAGUGCUCUGAUACCCUGGGAUACAUUCGUUGCCAGUCAGUCUAUUUAAUCAAACGUAGUCGCAAUGAUCAGAGUGAUUCUCAUUGAGUAUGAAUUGAUCAACGAAUUUCAGUAAUCCAUGCAUUUCUAUUUCACUCUGACCGUCGUGGCUGUUGUCUUGUGCUGCUCUUCUCAAUGGGCGUAGGCAGUUUCCCCGUGUCGAUUUGUGAUUGGCUGGCAUAUCGUUUUACUUGUAUAUGGCGUUGUUAUUGACCUUCUCUUCCUAGUCCGAGCCAUUGAUAGUUCUUUCAUAUGUUUUCUUCGGUUGUGAACUUGUUUUUAUAGGAAAAAUGGUUUUACGCGUAAUAAAAGAUGUGUCAUUAAAGUCG